UUAUUUAAUAAAGCAAAAUUUUAUUUAUUUAUAAUUCACAAGCCACGGCAGUUACAUAGUGAUUGCAAGGUUGCUAGUACUAAUAUUAGUACGAAUAAGUUAAAUUGUUCUGGUAGAUAUGAGCGGGAAUAAAUUUUAAAUUUAAAGAUCGGAAUAACUAUGGAAACGAUUGGAUGCUCGUGCAACGAAAAAUAAAAACAGUUUUGUUAGUCCUGCUGUUCAGCUGUAUAGGGUUACAAUAUAAGUAGCAGAUGUCCCUUUAAAAACGAACGCGCAUUGAGGGAGAAUUGUAACACUCAUUAAUAAGGAAGUACUCUGAUGUCUUCCGGGGAAGUAUAACAAGGCAGAUGCAGUAUUACACGUUUUAAAUUUUGAUCCUAACCUCAUAAUCAACUAAUUUUUAAAGUUUUUGCCUUUUUAAUUCGUAAUUAAAUUAUUCGCAAUGGCGUAUCGAAAACAACCUAUUCAAGAUGAAUUGGAGCUGGAGACAAUGGCAGAGGCUGAGUUAUCAAGACUAAAACGUCAAUAUCGAAUGAUGGAAAACGAUCGUACUACUUAUGCAGAAAAAGCGCGUCUGCAACUUCGUAAUCAGCAGAAUAUGAUUGAACGUUUAGAAUUUGAAAAAUCUGAGCUUGUAUUGGCUAUAAAAACUUCAAAAUCUGAAUCUAAUGCAAAAAAAGACGAAGAAAUGGAUGAAAAAUUGAAAUGUUUGCUAGUCAAGCGAUCAAAAUACAUCAAAAUGAUAAAUAAUGAAAAAGAGCAGAUUGAUGAAUUGCAAGAACAAAUAAUAAAGGUAUCAAAGGAAGUUGUAGGAUUAAAAAUGAAAAUAAGAACAGAUGCACAGUCACGAGAAAUAACUGAAAAGCAUCAUCGUAUGAUUGCAAUACUUGAGAAUCGAUUAGACGUUGCGACAAAGCGAUUUAAUGUUGUGGUAGCUGAGAAUGCACAACUUCGUGCUCGGAUUGACAGUUUACUUAAAGAACGUGCUCAAUUCAAUAUUCUUUGGGCUAAAAUGAUUGGUCAAUUGAAUACUGGUAAAAUGGUAAUCAGUGAUAUUAUUGAACAAGCAACAAUAACAUUUAAUCAACGUGACGAAGAGCUAAAUAAAAUUUAUGCUUUAAGAGAACGAGGUACAAGAGAUUUGAAAACUCAUACCUCAGAGAUGUGUGAAUUACAACGUACGCUUGAUAAUGAAUUGAAGUUGCAAGAAUUUCUUGGGAUUAAAGGACAGUACCGAGAAACUGCUGAUUUAAAUGCUAGAAAAGAAGCUGAGCUUCGUACAAAACAAGAAGAAAAAGAAAAUAAAAUAGCGUCAUACAGUGAAAUUUUAAAUUUAAUUAAGCAAUUUACUGGUGAAAAUGACAUAGAUAAUCUGUCGACGUAUUUUCUCAAGCAAGAAGAAGAAAAUUUUGCGUUGUUCAGUUAUGUUAAUGAACUUAAUGAUGAAUUAGAAGGUUUACAAAUACGAGUAGCACAAUUGCGAGAUGAUAUCGACGAAGCACGAGCGUUAAAUGCUCGUCGAGGUUUCCAGCAAGCUGAAACGCUUGAAAAAAUUGCCAAAGAUUUAGAAGAACAGGAAAAAAAAGCAAAUGAUGCUGAAGAAAAUUUAGUUAAGUGUAAUGAAGUAAUAGAGAAAUUACUCGAAGGAAUAGAUGCACUUUUUCAUUCAAUUGGCUGUGAUAAUUCUUCAAUUUUAAAUCUUCUUGGUGACAAUACUCACGUUACAAUGAAUAACAUCAUGCUUUACUUAGGUAUAAUUGAAAAAAGAAUAACUGAAAUGCUUAACAAGGUCCACUGGGUUGAUGUAAAUGGAAAAUCUGAUACUAUUAGACUAGAUGAGGAACGUAAACCAAAAUUAAAUAUUCCUGUGUUAUCUGAAAUAGCUUCUACCCAACCAUGUUCUUUGUGUGUUGAAAAAGAAGUGCUCCAAUCUGUAUCUGAAGGUUUAGAAGUUCCGUUAACACGUCAAGACAUCAAAGAGAAACUUUAUACAGCUCAAUCAAUUAAUGAUAACUCCCAGCUAUUACAUAAUGUUUCUGGAUGUUACUUACCAGCAGCCCGAAAAAUUAUGCAAAAACGAUAUCAAUAAAUUUUUAUAAUU